UCUUUUUUCAGCUUAAGAAUUCAAAUGGAUUAUUUCAAUGCACAAACGGCGCCUUUAUAAAGAAAGAACAUGUUUGUAAUGGAAACGCCGAAUGUUUAGAUGGGUCUGAUGAGGCUGAUUGCCAGGAUGGUGAGUAUUGUGCUCCAUGGAAUUCUAACAGUCCCGCAAACAAACAGUAGAGAGCGUUGGUUGCACCUGGACAGGAGUCGAUUACCCUGACCUGUAUAAAAGCUGCCCUGUCCACACUAAUUCGUUUUCAAAAGUAUGAGUUUUCGAUUAGUAUGCGAUUCUCAUCCACACUACCACUUUGAUGCGUUUUCGAUUGUCCUCACUAAAAUGUUCGAAAACGAUAGAAUUGCUUGUUGUGACGUAAGUAGAACUCUGUGCGCAUGCUACAAACACACGCGCCUGCGAUAUUUUCGGUCAUCGUUUUCAUUUUGAUGCGUUUUCGACUGCUCAUAAUAAUACGAUAUUUAUGCGCUUUCGUUUUAAUUCACUUCCAACAGCGCUUUCAAAUCGAUGCGUUUUCGACGAAAACGCUCAGCAUCGGAAUGCACGCGUUUUAAAACAUGCAUAAGACCCCCCCAUAGAGGCUAUUUGCAAGACACUUAUAUAUAUAUGGCAAUAUUUUGUGUCUGUAUUUUUUCUUUCCAUUUUUUUAGUUAUCUGUAGGGAUGAACAAGGUCAGGUUUUGGUUCUCAAAGACGUUUGGAAGGUAAAAUCGUCCUUUUAUAAGAAUUACUAAAUUUCUUAAACCUAAAUUAUAGUUCUUUUCUGUUAUUCUCUAUUUGUUCAGCCAUGUUUGACUUCAGAAAAUGGUUUACAAUUGUUUCUCUUUCACUGCUUUGAACUGGAUGUUGUCCCAAAUGUUUGAUGCAAUUGUUUAUCGCUGUAGAGUACAAAAGAUUCUGUACUUUUGCCUAGGUCAAGAAUCCGCAACCGUUUUGAAGUCUAUAAAUAGGGCAAAAAAGUGAAAUGUUCUUAUACUUACAGUCGGAGCUGACCUGGGAGAGAUAAUUUACUGAAUAAUUUACUUUUAAGGUUACUGCAUGCAUUGAGUGUAGAUGUGAUGCUGGAUUACUGAAAUGUAAAAGAGUACUGAGGGUGUUUUUCCCAGGCAUGUAUGCGUAUGCACCGCUGACUGAAAAAUGUGAACAGCCUUCUUGUAACACAGUGGACUUUAUUAGAGAAAGAAAACAUACGUGCGAAGGUAACAUUUUUUCUGGGAUCUUUAAUUUAUUACUCAUCCGCUCGAUCGUUUACUCAAUCUUGUUCCCGAUUCCUUCCUUCCUUCCUUUCUCCAUCCAUCCAUCCAUCCAUCCAUUCAUCCAUCCAUCCAUCCGUCCGUCCGUCCGCCCGUUCGUUCGUUUGUACGUGCUUUCGUUCUUUCACUAUUCAUCUAUCCAUCAUUCAAAACGUAUUUUACAUCAGAAUUAAUCAAUACAGCUAAAUAACGUAUUUCUCAGAAAUGAGAUAUUAAAAGCAAAUUGGUCGACGUCAACUAACGGAAUAACUUUAUGAUGGUCGUUAGAUGCAUCGAAAAACACCUCUUUUAAAAACACUAAAUUAACUUUUUUUUCAUCUUGCGCAAUAUCAGUUGAAACUCAUGCUGGCGUGUCGCUUUCUUAUUGCUUUCGUUGAUAAACCUAUGUUCAUCUAUGUAUUUGAGAUUUAUAACUAAACAACAUUUAGUAACGAUCAUGAAUUCAUUAUUUCGUAGGAAUUGAAACCACCAAGGGAGGGCGUAUUAUUCUUAGAGGUGAAACCUGGGAAUUCCAAGGCUGCAAGUUUCAAUUCAGGAAAUCGAGGAAGACACAGGGAUGUCCAAAAAUGCUGGGGCCAACGUGUGAUUUGUACGAUGGAGCCAUAUGCUGUGCUGUGAAAUGUACAGGUAACACCAAUCCUGCUCUCUCAUACACAGUUAAACACUUGAAGAUCCUUCGAUCCACCGAUCCUUCAAUACAAAACCAGUGUAUUUCGUUAUUCAUAUUUUUUUAAAAAAAAGCAAAACCAUAAAACAUUAUUACCAUUGACAAAUGAAAUCGGAGGGUACAGGUAAUCGAUCUAGCAUAAAAAAGUGUAAAUCUUUUAGUUCUCCUCGCUUGAGCAAUAUGUAAUAGGAAUUCAAAGAUAUCGUACCGGUAAAGGUGUCACGCCUGCCAUCCCCUUCAGGGGCACCCAACGAGAAUAUAGUUUAAAACCACUUAAACAUAGCAUUGUUAAACGUAUUUUAGUAUUUAAACGGUAUAUAAUAGGGAUAUUUUUAUCCCCUAAAAAUUUUUCAUCUGUUCGGAUUUCUUAGCUGAAAGUCUAGUGAUCCGAGAAUUACAGGGAUCAAAACUUACCUUUUAGAAAAUUUCAGCCAUAAAAUUCUAGGUACCUUUUUACAAAAUGAAAUAUACCAAGAUGUUCGAAAAUCCCAGGCAAGCAAGAAAUUUUACAACAAAUGUUCCGAAAAUUCUAAUUUCAAAUCGUCUUCCGAACAGAUGUUUUCAAAAUUGAUUUUACUGGGACGUGGAAAAUUUUUUCUCCGAGAACCCGGUAAAGAUAUAGAUUCCACUGGCUCUGUUACAGACCGAGGGGUGUUUCGAUUUGUUUUGACCAAAUUCUCCGGCGGCUUGUCUGGAAAGGAGCUGUGUCAAAUAUCCUUACGAAUUGGAAAGCUUUUAAGUAUAAUGAACCUUGGAGGGAACAACGUUUAAAUUUAGGAACAAAGAGUCAGCACGAAUUGCAGGGUUCUAUAUCUGAAGAAAAAGAAAUGUGAAAAUAUCAGGUAAUAAACGACAUAAAAAUAGCACUUGCAUGCAGACUUUUCGAAUUGCUUCCGGAGGUCUUGAAUUCACAAAAAAUGGCCAAUUUGCAAAAUACUGUCAGACAUCUCUGAAACAAUGAUUUUUGCUAGUUUUACAGUGCUUUUCAUGACAUUAUAGCGACAUUUUCGCGCUGUUGAUUUCCUCGUAGCGCUUGCUGAACUUACCAGACAGAUGAGAGGGAUGCCACAGUUGUGUCCCGGGGGCCUUCACGCCGUGGCAUCUGGCGUUGCAUGUGUCACUCCCGAACCAAACUGUCUUCAGCCUCACGACCUCUGCAAAACAAGUAAGUUGAUUAUAGUGUAUUAAGACACACAGCACAGGCUUUGUUUGUUUCUUGCAGACAAAAUUAACAAAAGCAGAUUUAUGUUCUCAUUGCCUCAAACGGAAGCCAUAUUUUAGCCGUAAAUGUUAAGGGUCUGGGAUUGGCACAGUAAUCUUUGGUGGCCUAAUUAGUGUGUACAUGUAAAUGAAGCUUAACGUACAAUCUGCAAACUUCAUUUUAGGAACUUGAGUCGUAAUUUCUAAGCUGAACGUCAUUUGCAAAAUAUUUGUUUGACUGGGAGCAUUGCUUCGACAUUGAUGGAUUGCCGAUAACAUAAAGCUUUGGCUAGUGCGACAGUCUAUGAAUUGCUAUGGAUUGCUCUUUUUGCCUUUUUAGAUGUCUCUUGUCAAGAUGAGAACGCCAACACGUACUUUGAAGGAACCCAGUGGCCUGUUGGCGACUGUAUCACGUGCAAGUGCUACAAGGGAAUCAUAUCAUGUGAACAACACGUGUCUUUCUUAACAUCUAAUGAUGCAAUCGUCCAAAACUGUAGUCAACCACAGUGCAAUGUGGUGGCUUUUGUAAAAUCAAACAGAGGAAUUUGUAAAGGUAAGUACUUUUCUAGGCCCUCUUGGACUCAGAAUUUUGCUUAUUGAACGAUUAAAACUUUUGAGGUCUCUCAACUUAAUGAUGUUUAAUUUUUCACUCUUACUUCCUCGGUGAUCAGAGCAGUUCAAUUAGUCCUGUAAGAAGCAGGAGCAUAGCUUCCAUAGACGCCCAUACGCCCGCGCGUACAGCUUAAUCUCUGGAAAAUUAUAUAACUAUUUUUGAGAUCAGAGCCAUAAUGGUACGGCUCUUGCUAUUUCUAUUUCCUGACUUAAAAAAAGCAUUUUUUAUCAUGAAAUCAGGAUGACUGAUUACGGUUUUAUUCUUUAUUCUUUUACUAUUCCUUAAACGGACGAAAAAAUGUGCUGCAGCCUUUUCCUUCUAAAUUCUUAUUUAUCUACUGAAAAUGUCCUGGGGAAAACACAAGAAAAAGGCAAUUCUGGGACCCUUUUAACAAAUUUUCUGGUGGAAGCUGGGGUAUGCCUUCGGCGUUCUAACUUUUCUUCCGGUGAGAACACCUUCCAAAUCUCACGCUACGCCCCUGAGAAGGAAAACAAAAGCGUAUGUAUACGUCAUUUAAAAUGAUAAUUUAUUUUCUUGCCGUCAAGGCCCUACUAUAUCGUUUGUACAUCAGCAUAGCUAUUGAUUGUUGCAAAAGUGCCAUAAACGUUUUUAUUUUUUUUAAUAUUAAAGCUAAAAAUGAGAAAUCAGUUUGACAGUUAAAAAGUCUGUAAGUCACAUUGUAGAUUACCACUCGUCUCAAUGUAACACUUUCAGCGCAAGUUUUCCGGAAAUGGCUAUUGCCAGAGUAAAUUUGUUUUCUUUCCUGACACCAAUUAGCAAAUCAUGACAAUCACGAGUCUAACUCUGAUAAUGCCUUAGAUUCGUUUGUGGUGUGGUGUUAGCACCUUGAGAUGUGACCUCUUAAAUUUGUUCCCACUCUCAAAGUCUUCAUCUUUCUUUGUGUCUUUUCUCUGAAGCUUGCAGAUGGAAGAAUAAGGUAUUAUUUGAUGGCCAUAGUUGGACUGACAAUGGCGUCGACUUCUUCUGUUUCUCUGGACAAAGAGUGAGGCCUGGUUGUUACUUAGAAACCAAUAAAAUAGUCUGCACUGGCGCUUUCAAAGGUUUGUACUUUUUUAUGUGCUCUUACUGGGUAGCCGGUUUGCAUUAGAUUCCACUUGACACAGGAUGAAAUUUCUAAACCGGAGCGAAGCAGAGCCUACUAGUAAAAGCGCGUUUUCAAAAGUGUGCGGUCGUAUGCGUUUUCGUUGUCAUCGAAAACGCAUCUAUCAAUUCGCGUCCACACUACCGUUUCGAUGCUUUUCCGACUGUCCACACUAACACGUUCGAAAAUGAUAGAAUUGCACGUUGUGGCGUAAGUUGUACGCUAUGCGAAUGCUACAAACACACGCUCCUGCGAUAUUUUCGGUCAUCGUAUUCAUUUUCGUUUUUUUUUUUUACCGUUUUCGACCCGUCCGAAAUGAUACGAUAUGUCCAUACUAACAAGCUGCAUUUUUGUUUUUAUCCACUUGCCAGAGCGUUUUCAAAUCGAUGCGAUUCCGAUGAAAACUCUCAGCGAAUUAGUGUGAACAGGAGGCCUGAACACAUCGAAAUGUAUGCGUUUUCAAACGAGGACGCAGAGUAUUCAUUCCACUGGCACUACUUAACUUUCAGUUGAUCAUUUCUUUUUAAAUUUCCAAACUCUUUCUCAUACUAAUACGCAAAAUGUGACUUGGCACUGACAGUUGCUGUGAUUGUACUAAGGCAGGCACUCCUUUCGACUCCAAAGACAUGGUUGAUCACAGACACACAUAAAUACUGUUUAGUUAACAUCGCUAUCUAUGUAAAAAACACGCUCUGCCGCGCUACCGUCACCACUGUGCAAGACACAUGAGAGGAAAAACGCGGUAAUGAUUUUUUUAAAAAAAUGUUUUUACCCCUCCAGGAAUACAAGACAUUGAGCAUAUUUCUGAAGAGUUGUUCCUCUGUGAAAGUGGAGAUGAAAUAAGGUCCCUAAAUGACAGGUGUAAUAAAAUAGACGAAUGUAAUGACAAGUCAGAUGAAAAAGGCUGUAUCCAUUGUAAGUAAACGCGCAUAGGCUUUUAUAAUGAACACAACGGGUGACUUCUCAUCUCUCAAAAUGAAGUAUUAGAGAAGGUAUACCUCGUGGUCGAAUAUUAGUUUACAUCCUGCGUCUGAUUUGAUGUUCUUCGCAGUCAUUUUAACCAGGGGAAAUCACGUAGUUGACAAAUCGAAGGUUGAAUAUCCGACAAGUUCAUCCUGCUUUCGAUUUGGUAUCCUUCCAUCUGAUUUGAUGGGUCACAUACCAAAUUGGAUGUCGUAUAUUUAUUACGAGAUAUCUUGUGCGCUCACAUUUGAAGUUAAUCUCACGCAAUGGAGCCCAGGGUACCUGACAAGCACGCCCUCUUUCUCUUCGUUUUUACCGGCGAUGUCUAGGGGAUGAGAGAUAGGGAAUCUGCAAUCUGAAAAUCCUCCUCUCUUUCUACUGGACAGAUUUUUGCCCAUCUCAAACGACGUUUAACCUAAAGUGGAACAGAACCGCGGUCGGCACUGUUGUUUAUAGAAACUGUUCAAAGGUGGAAUCAAAUCUUGAAGGUAAACACGUCUCUCCCCUUUCCUUGAAAUCGUUCCUGAUUUUUCUAGGCUGGUGUCAUCAAUACGGUUCCUCUAUUAUUGUUUUCAUGCAUCUCUCCGUAUUUGUUUGUUUUUUUGCGAAUGUUUUGUAGGUCAAUUUAGUGCACUAUGUACAGAAACCAAUGGUGCUACAAGCUGGAAACAUAAGGAAAGUUGUGACUGCGAAAGACAAACUAUUCUUCAUGCAGUCCGAUUGAAGGUAAACUGUUCUCCUUCAUAAGCAAAAGCUAAACUCUUAGUUAAAAAAAGUCAGAAGGAGAAACCAAGUACGGAAUGCAUCGAUCAGAUUUACAGUUUUGAGCUUCGUAAAAGACAGAUUAAAAGCUGCGCCCUAUAAUGCGACUGAUCCUGCAAGCCCUAGAAACCGCUUCCUCCCUGAGGAGUGGGGGCGGUUGUGUACAGUGUUUGAAAGUUGUACAAAUUAAGGCCAUUCCGUAGCCGCCUUCGCUAUAGCUCCGCCUUUCGUUUAAGCUUUAUAUCCAUGCAAAACAACAACAUUUAUAAAUCUGCAACCAACCAAGUGUUUUUAUUUUUACUUUUAGUUAUCUUCAGCCAAUGUAACGAACUUGGUGGAUUUGACCGGAGACCUGAAAAAGGAAGCUAACAACUUUACAAAUAAACGGAAAUUCUUUAGUUAUCUUCAAGAUUUCUUUAAAACUGGAGUGCGAAUAUUAAGCCCAAUUAACCAACGUAAUGACAUGGUGGCACUGAACUUCUCCAAGGUUAGUUAAAGGAAUAAGAAACCACACCGGAACGUUUAGUCCAUUCGAACAAUAUAAUUUGUUUGUUUAAGGCUGGGCAAUAAAGAUUUUAAAAUGAUAAAGUUCUCCGGCUGAUGAAAGAAGAAUAUUUUACCACUGCUUCUUCUUUAAAAAGGGAGGCCAAGUAUCUAAGCAAAUUCUCUUAGCUUUAAUGACGAGGUUUUUUCUUGCAGACAGGUAAAAAGAAGGUUCCUAGAUAGGAAUCCUUUACUCCAUAUCGAACAGUCAAGUUGCACUUUCUCGCUUGAUGGAAUUCCUCUUUAUUACAAACUUCGUUUUUCAAAUUAUAAUUUAAACUAUUUUAAAACAUUUUUCUUUCCUUAAUGCAAAUAAGAAACUCUGACCCAUACCGACCAGGCCAAAACGAACUAACACUGAGAAAGCAAAAUUCCAACUGUGUUGUCCGCGCUUACACUCUGAUCAGCAUUGAUCAGCGGCAGAGAGCGGGAAACCGCGGAAUCGAUUCUCCAGGGCCAGACAGCUCUAAAAUAAAUUAAGGAGGCACCACCUUUACCCUGAAAAAGGUCACUAUAGUCCUUCCAGUGGUUCGGAUUACCACAUAUCGAUCUUGUCGGUAGGGGGAUGUAAAACGUGUGCCUCAUUUAACUUAUACUUCGUGCUUUUUUUUAUUAUUUUUCCAUUAUCAUACUUUAUGUCUUCUCUUUAGAUAAUGCUCUUUACAGCUGAGGAGCAACGCAUUUUCAAGCCACUUCCGGAGUCCUUUUGUCCACAAGAAGUGGUAAGCUUCAACAUUUUUAUUUUCAAAAUACAAAAAUAGAGAAAGCAAUGAUAAACUAAAUGAUAAUAAUGAAAAAAAAAAUCUUACCUUGGGUGCCAGACAUUUGUUUUGUUAUCUUUUCAAAUCCCUCAGUGAUGGUUCGCGGCAAGAGAGGAUGUUCGAGGCUGAGUAGCCAGCGCGGUUUAUAUUCAUAUGUUAGAUAUUUUAAGAACCGACUUAGCUCUAAAGCCAGGCUACAUAGAAAAAAAUAAUAUAAAUUUAGUCAGAGCCAUUUUCAAUUACCGAAAUACUGCUCAGUGAAAUAACGUUCAAUGAGUGAAAUGGUAUGCGUAAGCGUUCGUCAUUUGAGUCUGUUCGCUCACCAAUCAAAUUCCUAAAUUCUCGCUCACUUGUUGUUCUUUUUUUCUUGCGUAUGAUUUCAAUGUCAAACAAAAAGCGUUUCAGUGUGUGGAGCUUCUAAAGACUACAAAACAAUCUAAUUAGCCUCUGUUUUCUGUUUUUACCUAGGGGUUUGGGGAACGCCGCUUUCUUCAAAUCAGGGUUUUGAAGUUUUGUCGUCAAGCCCCAAACUUAACCCAAACUUUGGAGUUUUGCAGCCGCCUUAUGUUACCCCCCUGGUAAAUAUACUUCUAUCCAGGGUUAUAUGCUUCUGGUUUAUGUUAUCUAUUAUUUAUUUAUAACAUUAAUUGUUAUUUUGCCACCAUUAAAUUAAAUACAUACACUAUUUUCAGAGAGAAGAAGCAAGGGAGCCCAUGGAAGCCAAUAAGGCUUAUGAAAAGGACCACCUUCUACCUUUAAAAAUAUGUGACUAAAUUAUGAGCGCAGUAAGACAAUCUACCCAUCGGAGAAAAGUUGGUAAUCACGUGACCGUACACCGCCCGCCCGUCUGUCCGCACCACGGGGAAACAAAUGUUUCAAGGUGCAACCUGAUAAUUGCACAGAUUGCACAUUCAUAUUAUCAAAACAGGAUAUCCGCUGACCAGUAUCACCUGACCGUUUUGCAGGCUUAGGCAUCUACCCCUCGAGGUCGAGUAUUUUUAAGUUAUCCGCUGACAAGUUAAAAGUUUUCAAAUGAUCAAAGGCUCAAGUUCAAUUUUUUUUAAAAUGCAUGGGAAAUAAGUUGUGUUUAUGAGCCGCGUUAUUAAAAUUUUGAUUUCAAACUGACCUCGGACGCGAAAAUUCAGCCAGCUUUUAGAGGCAAGGAAAGCAGUUGCUUUUGACUUUUCUACCAAGGUCACGCGUUCGCAACGCUCUAGCUACGUUCAAUUUUUAUGCUCUGAUUGGUCAAAAUUUGACUGGUGAGUUCAUGCGGAAAAUUAAUGCAGCAUCUGGAAACUUGUUUACUGAUAGCUCAAGGUGAUAAUCGAUGCUGAGAGAUUUUUGUGUCAUCUUGCAAUGUGUUUUUAAAACUGCCUUUUUUCACUGGAUCUACAAAAUGAAACACAGCUGCUACCAAGAUUCUUCUGUUAUUCAUGGCUGGUUUGUUUAAUGGGUCGUUUUUGUUGAGAAAUGCGCCGCUUGUCAAAGACAUGGGAAAUCCGAUUUACGCGGAAGGCAUCGCUUUCGUUUUUCACCUUGCUUGAUGCAUACGAGGCUUGUAAAGUUUUUUUUCAUUCUUGUGCCUUGGUUUUGCCCAAAUUUUCGCGCAAAUUGUCUCUUUAAGAGUUAAAGACACACAACAAUACAAAUUUGAUAGCGUCAAGGCACCUUAUAAGGGAAAAGCCCUCACUUUCGGUUGACGUCGCUCAAAAACGCCUUCGCUUAACUGCUAUCUAAUAACGAUUAUUUAACAAUUAAUGUAUGAGGCUGAGUAUCUUAUGAAGAAUUAUGGAGAUCGAGGAGGGUAUUAUCGGCCGAGGCGGAUAACACCCUCCGAGAUCUCCAUAAUUCUUCAUAUGAUACGAAAGCCGAAUUCAAUAAUUGUUUUAUUAUUCAUUCAAAAUAAUUCCUAGUUUAAAAACAUUUGGCUAAAACAUGCUUAUCUCCAUCGACCCAUCGACGUUAAGUUUUUCUUCAAUGACAAUAAACGUUUAGGGUUGUUCAGCUCUACAAAUAUUCUCCAAAUAGCAGAUGUCGCCCUUCGAGUUGUCUUCUUGCUGUUCUUGCCAUGUUUUAAGCUAUUAUUUCGCCUAGUUCUUACUCUUGAAACGCGUGAGAUGUCCUCCAUUUUUGUUUUCAGAACCAAAACAACUCAACCUCCUCCCCAGGUCUUCUCGGUUAACGGUGCAUUAACCUGCAAGAAAGCUGCACUUUUGACGUCAUCGGUUCAUUAAACGCUAAAUUCCUCCAAAUUUGGUCAUCAGCAGCUGGUUAUGGUGAAUUAUGCGAGUGCUCUUAACCAAUCAGAACUGGGAAAAAUAUUUUGAAUGAAUAGUAAUUAAAAUUAUUAAUCAUUCAAAUAUUUCGCUGUUUCCGAUUGGCUCCAAUCCCCGGCUAAUUCUUCAUUAACCAACGGGCGCGUACGAUAUUUGGAAGAUGCGAGCAAUAUGCCAUCCAUUCUAUUCGAUGGUAUAUUUGAUUGAAAACGAGGUUGAUCGAUGGUAUAGAACGAUUUUCGUAUGACCUUGAAAUGAAAACGCGCGAACAAAACAGAAACAACAAAAGAACGGAAAUAGAGCGAUUUGAUUGGUUUAUCGAACGGAUACAAACGCACCUGGCUUUUGGUUGGUUAAGCGAACGCUCGGCUAAAAAAACUUCAUGCCCGAAGAACUUUCUAGAAAUCGCUUUGACGUCAUACUGCAACACGAUUGGUCAAUCGAACAAUGCCUUCUCCAUAUUAGGGUUUUCUUUGGCGGGAAAACGAAGAGUCCAUGUUUUGUUCUUUUCAACCAUUGGCUGACAAAACAACUAACGAACACUUACCGAAACCAUUUUUCAAGGACAUACGAAAAUCGCUCUAUUUUCCUCGAAACAAGGCUGAUUGGGUAAACGGCGCUCACCGCUAUCCGAGGACGAAAUUAAUAGCGGAAUUUUCUGACAAAAACCGUGAACGGGAGAAAUGUAAGUUUACGCAAAAUGGACUGCUCGAUGGGAUCGCGGUUCGUUUUAAUUUAGGCACAUGUACAUGACAACAACAAGUCUUUAGUCAACGCUUUUUUUGUUUUAUUAAAAUUUCCGACAUGUUAGUCACGUUAGACUCCCGAUUGAUCUGGUGGCUCAGUCAGUUAUAGAUCAGGCAGCUCAGACUAAUUCUGAGGUCCAUGAGUUCAAUCCCCUGCCGGAGUCAAAGACGUCUCCUUUGAUUCCUAAUUCAUCUAUUAAAUUUUUCUUUCCGGAACUUGUAGUUCAGAAAGAAAUAUAGACGGUUUCUCUCAGCGCUCACAAUAUAACACAAUUCACAUUUACUUUCACUGCAAAGUGCUUCGCGGCUUACGCACUCAAUUGACAUAUAUUCCCCAGGCCUUCCUCUACACAACUGCUACUACGAACAUGAUGCCCUUGCUUGUCAGGGGCACCCAACGUCAACUUUCGGAAAAUAUCUUUUCGGAAGACGAUCUGAGAUCUACAAUUUUCGGAACAUUUGUUGUAAAAUUUCUUUCUUGCCUGCCUCUCCUAGGAUUUUCGAACACCUAAAAAAUAGUAUAAUUGCCCAUUUUUUUUACCCUAAAAUUUUCGGGAGCCUUUUUUCUGGCUGAAAUUUUCGAAAAGGUAAGUUUUGAUCCCUAUAGUUUUCGGAUCACUAGACUUUCAGCUAGGAAAUCCCAACAGAUGAAAAAUUUUUAGGGGAUAAAAAAUACCUAUAUCUAACUGUUUAAACAUUAAAAUACGUUUAACAAUGUUUAAGUGGUUUUGAAUUAUAUUCUCGUUGGGUGCCCCUGGCUUGUCAGUGGCCAUUGAACAAAGCCAUUCGACUGUGUUUUAUUUUUGAAUUUCAUUAGGGUGUUUGAACACAAAACAACGUCCGAUGUUGUCUCACCAUUCUACAGUGAACUUAACACAGGUAUUACUCAACUAUGGUUCCAUCCGGUUCUAAGGCUGAAGAUUGACCCCAGUCAACUUUCUGCUCGAACAAGAACCUCUGGAUCUCCUUCUCUUAUACCAAGAAACGACACGAAAAUCGUGAGUUUAAUUUUAAACUACGCAUGUCCACCAUAUGUGUGUUAUUCGACAUCUCCCCGGGCUACAAUACUAAGGAUGAGUAAAACUGGUGAACUUACAAUUUAGGAACAUUUUUUUUUUCCAUUUGAAAUGUUAACGUUUCAUUAGAAGGUAAAGUGAGGCUGGUGAUGAGGCGCUGUUGCUUUGAAAUAUAAGCCUGUCAGCGGCGAUUAAUAAUGUUUCCUUGGCUUUUUGGUCUUUUUAGACCUUUUAUAGUUGUUGUUGUUUUUUUCAGUUUAUUUACAGUUGGCAUAUUUAGAUUUUGUUUUAUUUCGUUUUCUGCACACGUUCUUCAAUUGCUAUCAAAUUGAAUAUUAAUAAAAUCAAGCCCCUAAAGGCAAAUUUCAAUACCUUAGUUCUGCCACCUCACUGUCACCUGUUAAUGAGAAAACUGUCAAAUUUGAUGUGCCAUUUUAUAAUCCUCUACAAGAGCCAUAAAAAAAUACCCGCUUUUUUAAAAUUCUAAAUGAAAAGUCAAAUUGAUAUAAAAGUUCUAGCGUGGAACAAAGCUUUAGAGGUAACUUGGAUAUCGUGGUUACAAUCGGCAAAUGAAGGUUCUUGAAAAAUCAUUCCUGGUGCAGCCCUAGAGACGCAUGGAGGACUGUCUAGAAGGUCUCAAUGGGGUGGUGGCUGAUACAGUUAUCGGCUAAAAUUUUGGCUAUUUUACGGCUAUCAGUUAACUUUUUUCAGUUACGGUUAACGAAAAAGUUAAAAAUUAACUUCUUUUGUUUCAAAAAGUUAAAUAUUUAUUAACCCGUAUUUUUUGGUAUCUUUAAAUCAAAAUAAAGGUCUUCAGAUCAUCUCGGGAUGAAAUAAGCUAUUCUUUUGAAAAAUUUUAACAUUUGAUAGAUCAUACUUUUUAUAAGUAAAGUAUUCCACUUCUAAUAUUAUUUUACUCAUAGAAAUGUCAAUAGUCAAUUUAAAAAUAAUCUUUGUGAAAAAGCAAAAGCAGACACGCGAACGCCCAACUCAAGGCCGGGGCGCGACAUUCAUUAUAACAGACAUGGCCGUUUUCACACUAGAGAAGGAUUAUUGUUGUGAGACGGGUUAUCUGUUUGAUGAUUCGCAUCGGAUAGGUAAUACGUCUUAAUUUGAAAAUCGAAUAGUUUUAAUUUUGAGUAAACAAUCCGCCUGACUUUGGAAGACGGGAUUAUCCGUUCCAUAUAGCCUCUGUACAGCCGCCUCCUCCCCCUAGAAAAAAUCAGAGAAGGGGUGUCUGUGGGGAGGGCGCGACUGUACACAGGCUAGUCUCAGACGGAUGAUCCGUUUCUAGCUCUAGUGUGAAAACGGCCAAUAACAAUUUUCCCGUGUCCAGUGUUUUUAAUGAUAGCGAGGGACUCUACGGAACGACUGUCUGCCGUUGCCUUGUCUGUAGGCCGCAUCAUUGCAUUUUUACGCGUGGCUAAUGCGUUUCGGGUCACGUAGUCUGAGCCAGUUCGCCACCGAAAUGCCUUGACCGAGAUUGCGUGGGAAGACGUCGUACAGGGACUAAGCAUGGCAAUGCCUACCGUAGCGUCAGAGAAAAACAGGGAAAUGUUGUUUAUCGGCAACGUGUUUUAUAAACAGUGACAUAUCUGCGUGUUGUUGUUGCGUGUUGUUGUUGGAGGUGUUUCGAGGGUACGAACUCCUGAAAAUUGCAAAUACUAAUUCCCAGCAAGAAGCCACAUCUUCGCUAUGGAAAAAAUUAGUUUCUCGAGAGAGCGCCGGAAAUGGAGCCUAGGUCUUGAUUAACACCUAAAAGGCGCUUCGCCUAACGUGCGUACGGAGUCACACUAGUCGCAAAUCUAGGGAACAAUUUCUUUUACGGUUAACUCUUUUUUACCCUAUUUACGGCUAACGGUUAAAAUUUUUCAAUUUUUACGCCUAUCGGUUAAUCCCAUUGAGACCCUCUGUCUAGUUUUCUGGUAAAAAGUAACUAUGGCACUGACACAUUAAAUGUCGACAAUUUUCCAUCCCUCAGUACGUAGAAAUAUUGAAACAAUGGCAAAUAACAAAAAGUCCUUGGAGUACUGAAACCCUACCCAUUGAAAUUUGUUAAUCGACGGUAAACCAUUAUUUUGCAAAAGCUGGUUUGACAAAAGCAUUUUACAUGCAGUGACCUUCUCAAUAAAAACGCAAACGCAUUCCUCUCUUUUAGAGGACUUUUGCUCAAAAUUCGAUCUUAAGACACCUUUCACUCUCUAUCUCGGUCCCAUUAACGCUAUACCAUCCUCCUGGAGGCUUGUAAUUAAAAAUUCACCUUCGCGAUGCUCUGUGAGUGAGGAGAAUGUAGAAAAUAUCUCCACAAAAGUUGCGCCAAGCAUUCUGUCGGGUGUUGAAGAGAACCUUUGUACCACCCACAGCUGAAAAUAAGAUCUUCAGUUUGGUUUUUCUCACGACAGCAUUUAUAAAGUGUACGAAUUACCUUUUCAAAUUAAAAUGACAUCAAAAUAACAAGAAUGUGAAUGUGAAUAUGAGGUAGUACAAAAUAUGUCACAAUGUACUAGCUACUAAAGCAAGCCCUUUUAGAGCCAAAAUUUGUGACUAUAUUGUAUGCCCUCAAAGUCUAAACAAAACACACUCCUUAGAUUACAUGUCCGUGCGCUGCCCUUCCGUGGUUGCCUUUUCGAGGACAUUUCAAAUUUGGUGGGCCAAUAAAACUGGGCAAACCCUGACAUUAUCAGACAGUAAGAUUCUGUACGGGGUUUUCAAUAAUACACAACACAAAUAUUCCAUAAAUUACAGACUUCUUUCUAAUUGCAAAAUUCUCGAUAUACUCCAGCUGCCUAAGCGAAGAAAAGAUCUCACUUGACAGGUUUCUCACUGUACUUCUUUGGGAAAAGUUGAGUACUCAGAAAGAAAUAGCUUUUGUCAACAAUAAUAGUACGACCGUUGAAAACACCUUUCAACAUCUCCGUUAGUACCCAUUUGCGACGUGUGUUGUUGCUGUAGUUUUUGUUUUAUUGUUUUAGUAUUAUGAUCACUAAAAUUUUCAGUAUUAUUUUUUUCUAAUUUAUUCUUUUCUUAAUGAAAGAUGCGGUGGAUAGCAAAUAAUGUAGAAUAAUAAUUUCUGUGCAUUUGACAUUUACUUGUAUUGUUUUGUGUUAUUUCUUGUGAUAAUAAAUAAAUAACUAAAUAAAAACUAAAAGGGAAAGUAUAACUAGAGUUAUUAGAGGGUCUUAUUAGGGACCUUUAACACAGCCAACGGAGACAGCAACGAGAAAGACGAGAAAACGGUCCCCAAGAGUUCAACUCAGAAAGAUCAUAACUUCCAUUUAACAUUUACGAGUGGGUUGAAUUAAACGAAUGGCAAAAAAGUUUCAAAACCGCGAAGUCAAUUUAAAUGUCACAUUCUUGCUUCCGUCGGCUUUGUCGUUGCAAAGCUCCCUUAGCUGAAAAAUAUAAAAACGGAAAUUUGGUUAUGAGUAAUUUUUUGUUGUCAACUUAACGAAAAAUAUUUUUUCAAGUUCAUAUCUCAAAGCAUCAAAACUGAUUACUUUACAGCAACCGAUGUUGUCUUUUAUUCACUUACCAGGUGAAUGAAAGCCAUGUUCCUCUUGGUCUUGAGAGUGCAAAUUGCUCUUGGUUGGAAUAUAACGUAAGUUAUAUCGGUUGCAAAUGACAUUUGCGAUUUAUUGUUCUCUCACAUUACCGCUGCACACACAACGCCAUGUCACGUCAUGCGAUUGUAGUGCGACAGUUCGUGAUAUUAUGGAUGAAGCAAACUGAAGCAAACUAACUGGUGUUCCUUGAACACCCUGGAUGAUACCUAAAUCUGUAAGUUUCAUACCCCCCCCCCACUCCCACCUUCCAACUAGACCACGAGCAUCCCCCACCGUUUCAUAAUUAAAAUAUCUGGGGUACGAACUCAAGCACCAAAGAUGAAAUCGACACUAAUCUACACACAUUCGAGAACUGAGGCGGGUGGCAAAAAUUCCAAAAAGGGGAAAAAACAUAUUUCGCCACGUAUACCACUAUAUCAGGAUGAAAAUGACUAAACAAAUUAGUUACUUGAUAAGAUGUAACAGCAGAAAAGUGAACGAAAUUUGACAUAAUGCAUCUCCAGUUACUUGUUCUCCAGUUCCUCUGUUCUACUUUGAUGAUUAUUCUCUGUCUGCCGACUGUUGAUGGCAGCCACGCCACUAUCUAUUUCCCUCACUUCCGAACAUAAACUCUUAGUUUGCGAUUGACUGAAAUAAUAAUGGCUUGGGUGAUGUUGCUUUGCGCAUGGGUAAGGUUCUCAUGUUAUUGCGGAGCUUUCGCGGAGUUGUUCAAUUUCAUGCAAAUCGGCGUUUAAGGCAAAUAAUCACGAUAAUCUCUAAAAUUCUACGGAGGACCACACACGUUAUCUUUCUUUUUAGGAAAAUGGAACUUUGCAGAUCAAAAGUAAAGAAAUAAUGGACGAGCAAAAGCAUAGAAAAGCCUUAAUCAGAGGUUACCUAGACCUGGUACUGAGCACUAUCUCCAUCAUGGCUGUCAUAAUUUCACUGAUUGCUCUCUCGUUUUUAAGGUAAGACUUGUCACUUUGCCUCUCAGCAAUUUCAAAAGAUCAUUCUCCGCAUGUAAGGGAAUCCAAGACAGUCUUGGCUUGGAUUCCGGUCAGUUCCAGGUACUCAAUUCCGGAUUCCUUUUAAGCGGAACUUAAAACUUAGUGAAAUUCAGGAUUCCAUGAGCUGUAUUUCGGUUCCAAAGCCCAGGAUUUCGUAUCUGAAUUCCACAAAAAAGUUUCCCAAAUUCCUUAAUGCGGAUUCCUUCAGGUGGGGUGGCUCAUCACUGAGUAAUUAAUGAAUAAAGUCCAGAGACAAUGUCAUCUUAUUUCUUAAGACCCAAAGGAUGUAUAGACAAGGAGUCUUAGAUGUUGUACAUAUGUAUAUACAACAAGUCUUAAGAAGAGCUUUAGCUUUGAACAUGCACUUGCCAGUGAAUUUCUAUAUAAACCUGAAAUGCAUGGUUGCUAAGUUGAGCUGUGAUCAAAUAUCCGAACAAGACCUCGAAAAAGCAACGAUAUACUCAGUUAUGACAUUAUAAUUAUAAGUUUAAAACUGAUUCAUCGAUAUUGAAUGCCCGAAGCUAAAAAUGGAGCAACUGAAAAGGUGCUAACGGUGGUAAACUUGUAAUGCAGUAUAGAUAAAAUAAAAUCAGGGCCGUAAAAAUACAGCGCCGCUAGUUACUCUUUUGCAUCAACUGAGUAACUGAUUUGAUAUUGGUUUAAAAAUGGCGGAUGAUUUGAUUGUUUUAACAGAAUAAGAAACUCCGAAAGGAUAUUUGUGCACAAGAAUCUUUUACUUUCCCUGUGCUUGGUUUAUAUCGUGAUGAUCUUCGACACUUUUGUCUUCACAAACAGGAAGCAAAACCCGGUAAUUCUUUUAUUCUUUUUCGUGUUAUUACCGCUAUUAUUAUUUGAUAUAAUAGUCAUGAAACCGUCCAUAUGAUGGGAAGCAUAGAAAAAAAGUGAUUGAAAGCGCAUGUAUUUGCAUCUUGAUUUAACAGCUGUGGCUACGCGAGGCCAGAGGGCUAGCAUUGUUUUCCUCAAAUCAAUGUCUUUAAAAAUAUCGUGGCUUACAUCUUCAAGCUUAUUGCAUGUUACUUUUCUUAAAAGGUAAUUUUUUGCCUGUUUUCAUUCUUCAUGUCUUAAAGUACUAUUUGUUUUCUUGACUUGAACUACUUGCAAAAUAAGACAUCACGUCUUUACCACAUUCGACGCACGUAUAAGAAAUGUAAAAUGUAAAAAUAAAAAUGUUCUAGACAUUUUAAAAUCCUCGAAUGUGGUAAAGACGCGUGAUGUCUUAUUUUGCAAGUAUUUCAGGUUAUUCGAACACAUUCCUAGUCUUGGCAUUUACAAUUUCUCAAAAAUUUUCUUGACUUACACCGCUAAAACACUGCUUAAUAACUUUCAGCAUUUGUUGCUCAAAAAAAAGAAAAGAAAAAACGGUGAGAGAUGUUGCAGCUUGUUGAAUGUUUAGAAAACAAACCCAACAUUGUUGAACGAUUGACUUCGUUAGUCGGCAUUAGUUGUAUGGAAAUAAUUAGCCCAUCCGCCCAUAUAUAUUAUCGUUAUACUUGGUUGAAUGGCCACUUUACCAGCGCAGCAGGACGAGCUCCGUCGAUAGAGUACUUAACUGCAGAGCGGUAGGUCACAGGUUCGAUCUCCAUGGACCUAUACUCAUCAGUGAACUAAGAAAUGAAGGUACUGCCUAUGCUCUACUGCAAACGGCAAGACUUUCGCGUGGCUCAGAUGACUACGUAAAAUGGCGGUCCCGUCUCCAGUAGGAGACGUAAAAAUAGUGUCCUCAAUUAGUACUUUCCUGAUAAACUGACAUAAGACUCUCAAAAAAGUGCGUCUUUUAACAAUAUCGCACUGUUCAACAUUCUGAUCAGGAGCUAGCACAACAAAUAGCAACCAGCCUGCUAACCGCCUAGGCUAACGCACAAAACCUACCAUUACAAUUGCACGAUCACUCUAUUUCCAAUGACGCAGCAACUAACAGUCUAUAUUUUAGCUGAGUUUUGUACCUUGCGCUGUUAAGUUCAGGGCAGUUUACUGUUAACGAAUGCAUGUAUUUUCUUUCUUACAGAAAUUAUGUUCAUUUAUGGCAGUUUUUCAGCAUUUUUCGCAUACCACCAUAUUUACGUGGAUGCUGGUGGAAGGAAUUCAUCUUUACGUCAAACUGGUGAAAGUAUUCUCGGUCCGGAAGCUUUACAUCACAUACGUCAUCAUCGGCUGGGGUAAUCAUGUCAAAAUUUCUUACUUCUCAAAACACACCUGCAACCUAGCUUCCAGGCUUCCUCCUGCUCAAUAGCCAACGUUCGAUAGAUUAAAAUUCUAACAUGACACUUUUACGUACAAACUGUUAAUUUUUCUCGAUCCUAUUGCUAGUUUUCAGUGCCACGCCGUUCAAGAGAAAUUAAAAUUAAAACUGUUUAAUAGUUUAAGGCCAGAAUCUGGGAAAUGAAAGGAGGCAAAUAUGCAAAGACCAUCGCCAAGAUUCGGUUUAGAGGAAUAUUUCGUAUACAAGAUAUAUCCGAAGAAAUGUUUCACCCAAAUUUAUAGGAAUUUGUAUGGAGACGCCAUGCUGGACGGGCACCAAGAUGGCGGAAGGAAACCAACAGAAACAUCUGUUACCGAGUUUUACUACAAAAGCGUGAAUUUUUCCCUUGAGGAACUCAUAAACAGUCAAGUAAUGCUUUUUCUAAUACAUUAACAGUUUAAAUAGCAAAAUUCCCCGAAAUAACUCACUUUUUUAACCUACAUGACAGCUCUCUCGGCCGUCACGUAAAAGCCGCGUCACGCAAAAGCUUAGAAAUUCAAGCGUACUCUAACACAAAACCAAGAACGCUUUUGAAGGGAAAAUUUGUAUGAACAUUAGUUUUCAGCUGUUGUAAUACAUCAUGAAAGUAAAUUCUCAGUAGGAUCGAUAGUUGUGUAGUUUGAACAUCAGUGACGUCAUGUGAAAACCAACAAUCGUUUCUCAGAAGAGACUUGAACACAAUGAAAACCAAACCAAAUACAGAAAUAAGACCAGAGCUGACCAGACCUCGAGUCAUAUUAAAAUUCUGAUAUACCGAAAGAGGGAUAUUGAGGUGUGCGCGUUCACCGCGGUUAUCGAAAGGUUAUGGGCAACUUCGUGACAUCCGUCCCUAAGAAGAUCUUUCACUCGCUAGUUUCACUUCGUGACGAGAGAAGCAUCCUGGUGACGAGUUUGAUUGAAUGGACAGGCCAGUUUAUCUCGUGAUUAGUUAUUUUUUACUAGGCUCUUAAUAGAUAAAAGAUUUUCUCUUUUUUCCCAAAUACAAAACGCGAGUCAGCUGCGAUUGCCUUCAUUAAUCCUGGCUAGUUAUUGAUAAAAUAAUUUUCGAACCCAAAUACAUGCAGCACGAAUACCUUAUACUCUCCCACUUCCUUCGCCUGUUCUACUACUGUCGCGGCUUCAUGUAAAGUUUAAAUUCCGUGAUUUUUAUAUCAUCCAACUUUUGCGAACGUAAGCACCUCCCUCCUUUCAUAAAUCUCUUACUGCAAAGUGUUAGUAUUGCCCCAGUCACCUGGGACUAUUCAAGAUGCAAAAAGCCAGCUUUUAAUCUGUAACUGUUUCCAGGUUUUCCUGUGGUUAUAGUUGGGCUGAUAGCAGCCAUUAGGCCUCUGACAUAUGAUAUGACUAAGACUUACUACAAAGAAGUCAUGUGCGGAACACUGAAACUUCCCGCGGAAAUUAUACGCACCAGGUUAGUUGAUAUGACCCAUUUAUGUGCAGAAAAGAGUUCUUUUCUCGCGAUCGGCGGGUGAAACAAGAACCGAGCGGCUUCUGCUCUCGCAGGCUAGGUGGUGCAGCCCUCUCUCAACAUAACGCUUAAGAGAGUGGAUGAUUUCCGUAAAUCUUCUAUUAAGCCCUCUCUUCAUCUCUCAAGUAAGCCCCUUCUCUCUAAUAAGCCCCCCUUUUCAUGGGAAGAACAUUUAAUAAGUCCCCUCCCUCUCCUCCCACUAUCAUUAUUCACUAAUGAUAGCUGUAUCAAUCUAUCACGACUGUAAAACUUCGCGAGGACUGAUCAAUAGAAGUUUCGAUUUGUUUUUGAUCCCCGGCUGCAUGAUCUCCAACUCUUUGUACUUGAGCCUUGCCUCUUUUUAUGCUAGUUCUUUAUGGAGAACUGCAGACACAGUUGUCUUUGCUAAAUUAAAUAAGCCCCCCUCUCAAGUAAGCCUCCCGUCUCUAUUAACCCCCCCCCCAUUCAAAUGUGUUUGAACUAAAUACGCCCCCCCGGGGGGGGGGGGGUAAUAGAGGAUUAACGGUAUGUAUAUGACGGUGCAGCUGAAUUGGUGACUCUCGUCCCAGUACUUCUGUUCUUUAUGCUAUAAUAAAUCUUCAGUAUGUUUAUGAAAACACAUGUCAUAUAUAAGGGAUACAAAAAAGUGGAAAUUUUUGUUGAUUUUCGUAAGGUGUUGGCUCCACGAUGGCGAGUGGCUGUACAAAGCACCAAUCCUGACAAUCCUAUCGGUAAGCCGCGUCUUUUCCUUUCAGCAAUACAUCUUGUCGUAUACCAGUCUUCGUUUAGUUUUACGGAUAACUUAUGGUAGCACGCAAGCUUGUAUCGACUUGUAGGUACACUGUACAAACUGUGACGCAGCCUGCAAUUCGGGCGUCUGUUUUCCUAUGGGCGGGGAACGUGAAGGGAGGGGAGGGGAGGGGACUAGUGAGCACUAGAAUUAGCUCAAGCAUGCGUGAGUUGCAGGAAGAAGGUACGGACUAUAGUGGGGGCCGGAGACAGGUGAUAAAACUCCAUAUUUUCCUCUCCCGUUUACCCUGCGAGCAGUGGUUUUUCCGGAAAACCACUGCUCGCAGGGUAUCUACCGUCCAUCACUUCAACUUUCGCUGUCCACGCACCGUGCCCUUAAUCUCUCCAGUUAGCUCUUACAGCGGUCAUUAAAUACUAAUUCAUAAUUUUGUCUUUUUCAAUCCAUGUACUACUCCAAAAAAGACGGAUCACUCAAGUAUACUUUAGCUAGUGUAUAGUGUCUUAUAGCAGACCGGAGUUACUUACGACCGAAGGCUACCAAUUGUAUCAUCUAGAUCAAGCAUACCAUAAACAGAAUAGAAAAAGAAAGCAUGAAUACUCCCUAACAAUAUUGUAUCAUUGCAGAUCAAUGUCAUUAUCUUCGUGGUUCUGUUAAGAGUGAUAUUUACUAAGAUAUCAAUCAAGUAUCAUAGUAACCAUGUCCAGAAAGCCAAGUAAGUAAAAUAUAACAGCAUCUCAGGCAAGCCAUCUUCUUGGAACAAAGAAUGUAACUCUUUUAGUUUCAUUUUAGCCCGGGAGAUUUCCCUUCGAUUCUGUAUUCGCCUUGAAGAUCAGUUUCCUGUUCAAUUUUAAAUCUUUUCGAUCUACUGAUAGGCAGAUUUUUUUUAUAAGAGAUCCGCCCACUAAACUCACCGGUUCAUAGUGCGCUUUGCUGAUCUGUUUUUAAGGUUUGUUUCAUAAAACAGCAUUUGAUUUUGAAACCUGAUAUGCCAAGAACCGACUUAGAAGGUUGGCCCGACUUUUCUCGAUGAUUGCCAUUGUUAACAGUACAUAGCCCGCUCAGUAUUCGAAAUCAUUUGUAGAGAGAGUCCCUUUGCGGGAAUAGCUAUUUUACUAAAAUAAAAUUUGACCUUUAUUUUUCCUUAACACUGGUAAAAAAAUGUCGUUGGUUUGUACUUUCAAAGGGCCACUAAAGAGAGGUGGUGUGACUUCUCCCUUAAAUCAUGCAUGGCUGUCUUUAAUAUGAGGAACGGAGAAUCUUUAAAACGGGGAAUCUUUGAAAUGGGAAAUCUUCAAAAGCAGGAAUCUUUAAAAUGAGGAAUGUCUUGGCGAAGGGGAAUCCGUUCUUCGUUCCUCAUUGCCCGUCUUGCCGAUUCUCCGCUCCUCGUUUUGAAGAGAGCCCAUAAUUCAUCGCGUUUUUCCUUCACAGAAGAGGAAUGAAGAGUGUUGCUGCCCUCCUUCCCUUACUGGGAGUCACGUGGCUGCUAGGGUUUGUCGCUGAAUUAAGCGAGAUCAUCCAGUAUCUGUUUAUCACCUUAAACUCUUUACAGGUAAAAGGCUGGUAAUAAACAAAAAAGAAUAUUUAAAGGCAGAUACAACACUACAUGACAUAGCGUAAACUGGCAAAUAAAAGGCAAAUAACUAAACUAGCUGUAUCCUCAUUACCCUAAUCCAGCAGGGCCGCAAGCUUCCUAGCCCAGCCGCUGCGAUCUUACGCAUGCACGCAAAGCUGUCUCGAAUAAUCGCUUUCAAUCAAACAAUCGCCCCAUUUUGGUGCGAAAAAUAAGAUAAUCGCGCCCCGGCUAUUAUUCGAGGAAAUACGGUACCAGCUGAAAUACCAAUACCUUCAAUCGCAGCUCGAAUCACACGAUCACUUUUAAACGAGUUGUUUAAAGGUCCGGUUAGUGUUUCGUGGGUAAUUAAAUUACAUUUACAAUAACAAGCGUUCGUACGCGGCGAGUGAUAUGUAACAGUAGGUACAGGCCGGGGCGCUUUAAGGGAAGGAUUCUUAUCUAUAAAAUCUUAGUACAAAAAAAUACGAUAAAAAAGCGUCAGAACUGUGAGAGUGCGAGGGUAUGUCCUAAGCAAAAUUUCUCGCAUGGGCAUUGAUGAAACUUUCUUACUGUCGCUUUGUGUACAAUCUGUGACUAAAUAAUAACCAUCAGUUUCUCUCUCAUUUUCUCAACAGGGCCUUUUGUUUUGCAUUUUUCAUGGUUUGCUGGAUGACCAGGUAUUUCAGAAACAUUCAAGCUGCCGAGAUCCUAAAUUGUCAACUUUUCAGUUUUAACUAUGGACCUUUUUUGAUCCGCAGAAAAUUACUUAGAAAUGACGGAGUUCGGGUUAUUUGAAUAAUUUAGAAACGCCAGAAUUCGUUUUGUAUUCAGAUUCCUCAGUUCUAAGCUAUUCUUGAGCACGCUUUACAAUGGGAUGCACAGACAGUGAAGCAAAUUAAAGGCAAAAGGGUAAUAAAUGGCGUAAAAUGCGAUAGCUUUCCGGAACUCGGCCAGAUAUAUAUAGAACUGUCUCAAUCUUUUUCAGAUAAAGAAUAGUUUGGUCAAGUCAUUUAGGAGGACAAGAAUGAAGAUUUUGUUUAUGAGGAACAGAGCCUCGACGACUGCAUCGACAGCCAGCAACCUCACAAUAAUAACUACAAGUAACCAGUGUUUCAAUAUCAUAAUGAUGUUAUAACUAUAUCAUGAGAAACUUUUGGUAUCUUCUCUUUUUGCCGGGACAGCAUUUCUUAGGGUGGACGAGGGAGAAAGCCUUUUUAAAAGGCAAUCAAUCCCCAGAGCUGAGAAUAACCAGGCAGUUCGAACAUAACUGUGUUUGUAAGAGGGGCAAAGCGCUGUAAUUUCGGUUUUUGCAAAAGGUGUUUAACUGUGCCGUGUGCGUCCCUGCAGAGGAUGCCUUGAUUUCAGUUCAGACCCCUUUGCUUUGACAGUUUUUUGUUGUUGUAAUUUUUACGCCCCACAGAAAAAGAUUAAGUGAAAAUCAUGCUCUUUGCAACAGGGCUUAGGAUUUUUCGUCCUUGUCGACUUAUCCGAGAGGACUAGAAUAUCUGACCAUAUGCAAAAGUAAAGCAAAAGCAGCUUCCUUACUUAUGUGUGCCGGAUUUACUCCGAAAACGUAGAGCUUUUGCUUUUUGGUUCGACACUUAUCCAAGGUAACAGAAAACUCCAUGCGCAGGUUAAAAAUUGCUUCUUUUUCUUCACUAAACUUGAUCCUACAAGGAGGAGAAUGCUACUUGUUUGGGCUUUAACAAGUUCUUCCGUCUAACGGCUUCUUUUAUCUGAUUUAUACCCAGGAUCCAUGAUUGGCGAGGAACAGAUCACUGGACAGCACUUAACAAUGCAAGGCAUAACUGCAGCCGGGCAUGAUGACACCAAGUUGUAA